AUGACUCUAACACGAAGAACAAGCCCUCGUAACCCGGAUGAUGAUGGAUUCCCCACGGUCCAACUGUUUCUACUAGCCAUCGUCCGUCUUGCCGAGCCCAUCGCGCUCACCUCCAUCUUCCCCUAUGCCUGGCCUCUUAUUAAGCGGUUCCAAGUCGGUAACGAAGAUGAUGCCUCCUUCUACGCCGGCCUGCUCAUCUCGGCCUUCUCGCUGGCCGAGGCCGUGAUGGGCAUGUAUUGGGGCGGUCUGUCCGACCGCGUCGGCCGUAAGCCCGUGCUGCUGCUGGGAUGUGUCGGUACCAUGUUUAGCAUGGUCAUAGUUGGCUUUGCUGAGAACAUCUGGACUGCACUAAUCGGUCGAGCCAUGGGUGGGUUGCUCAAUGGGAACAUUGGGGUGAUCCAGACCAUGGUAGGAGAGCUAGUCAGGAAGCCAGAGCACGAGCCUCGCGCGUAUUCCAUCAUGCCUUUCGUCUGGAGCAUCGGCACCAUUAUCGGCCCCAUGAUCGGUGGUCUGUUCGCUGACCCUCACGAAGCCUACCCGGAUCUCUUCCCCAAGGGAUCUCUCUGUGAGCGGUUUCCAUACCUCCUCCCAAACCUUAUCUGCGCCGCUUUGCUCCUCAUCAGCAUCGUCCUUGGGUACUUUCUCCUGGAAGAAACCCAUCCGGACAUGAAGCCUCGCGUGCUCCUACCGGAUGACGCAUUCCUGUCCGAAAACACUCCGCUCAUCGAGACCUCUGACGCCCUGAAGCGCCCUGCCGUCGAUCUCCGUGACGAGAACUACGGCACCAUGCGCUCUCAUGAAACUGCCGCCGCUCUUGCCGCAGAAUCCUCCGGAGCAGAAGCAGCUAUCCCAGCGUGGUCCAAAGAGCAGCCACACGUUAGCAUCUUCUGCAAGCACAUCAUGGCCGUCAUCCUCAGUCUGUCUAUCUUCACCUACCACUCCAUGACCUUCGACCACCUCCUCCCCAUCUUCUUCGAAGACGACCGUGCUCAGGCCGGCGCUCUAGCCCUCCUCGGCAGCAGCACCGGACCAUUCUACUCCCCCGGCGGCCUCGGUAUGUCACUGCAAGCCGUCGGCGUGGUAAUGGCCGUGCAGGGUGCCAUCGCGCUUUUCAUGCAGGCGAUUGUGUUCCCGCUCAUGGCCGAGCGACUCGGUGUGUACCGACUGUUCAUCCUCGUCACCGUGAUGCACCCAGUCGUGUACAUCAUCGUGCCCUGGCUACUGUACGUUCCCGAGACGGCCCUCUGGCCGGCCAUCUACGCCGUCCUGGCCGUGCGCAACUUCUUCUCGAUCCUGCUCUACCCGCUCCUCCUCAUCCUCAUCAAGGAAGCCACGCCGAGCCCGACAAUGCUGGGCAAGGUCAACGGUCUGGCGGCGAGUGCAGGCGCGGCGUGUCGCAUGGCGGCCCCCCCUGUGGCCGGGUAUCUGUAUGCUACGGGCAAGAAGCUGGAUUGCACCGCGCUAGCGUGGUACAGUAGUGCCGUAGUGGCUGUUUUCGGGGCAAUCCAGUGUUUCUCGGUUGUUAGAGGCAGCGCGGAUAAGGGGAAGAGAACCGAGGAUGUGGAACAGUAA